AUGCCCUACUCCACGCCCCACGACCACAGUCCGUCCUCCUCGCCCCCGCGCCAUCUCUUCCAGCACAGGCGGACUCGCUCCAGCGGCGCAUUCUCCGACGAGCGAGGUCCUGGCGCAUUCGUCUCGCUGGGCUCUCUCCCGCGCUCGCACAAACGCGCCGUCUUCCACAUCAACGUCCCCGACGACGACCUAGACGACAGACCUCGUUCUGCCCUCUCCCCGCGCAGCUCUCUCCGUCUCUCCAUGAACGCGGGCACGUUCUCCCCCUCCAUCGAACCACCGCCCCGCAUCGAUAUCCCCCCGCCCGCACCUACCUCUGUCCCUUUUCCCACGUCCUCUCCGCUCUCCCCUACUGACCGCAAUUCCCCAUUCAUCCCCUCCUCCUCUACUUCCCGCACCUCUCUUCCCCGCACCCCUUCCACUCCCGUCAUCCUCUCCAACGGCAAGCCUCUCAAGCCCUCUCUCAAGUCGUCCUCCUCCUCCCCCAACAUCCAGGGCCUCGCCCCCCAUCGCGCCCACUUCCGCGCCCAGUCUGCCCCGAGCACCCCCGUCGGCCCCAAGAACGUCCACUUCGCUGAAAACGACGAGGGCCUCGCGACCGUCCGCGUCUUCUCCCGCUCCGGCAAGCCCGCCAGUCUCUCCGUUCCCCCAGGCGAGGAAACAGAGACCGAGACAGAGGCCGAGUCUUCCGCCCAGCCCCCCUCCUCCUUCCCCUUCCCCUCCCUCUCCUCCUCCGAGCCCGUCAUCUACGAGAUCGACUCCGCCGUGCAGCGCACGUCCCCCGUGCCCGCCCCCAGCCCGUCCCCCUACGCGAACGUGCACCUCGAGACCCUCGCCCUCCCCCGCACCCACCCACCGGCCCUCCGCGGCACCGUCCUCGUCCGCAACAUCGCCUUUCAGAAGGCCGUCGCCGUCCGCUUCACCCUCGACGACUGGCAGACGACCAGCGAGGUCCUCUGCAGGCACGUCGUCUCCCUCCCCAGCCUCCCCCCGCCCUUCCCCCACCCGAGGACCCUCGGCGACGUCGCGGGCAGCAUCGCCUCCGGCAGCAGCCCAGAGAAGGAGGAGCAGCUCGUCCCGACAUGGGACAGAUUCAGCUUCGUCAUCCGCCUCGAGGACUACGCCUACAAGCUCGGCGAGCGCACCCUCUUCCUCGCCGCGCGCUACAACCCCGGCUCCGGCGGCGAGUGGUGGGACAACAACGCCGGCGCGAACUUCCGCGUCGCCUUCCGCCGCGCCCCCGCGCCGUCCUCGUCCGCGCGCACGUUCGAGGGAUCCCUCGGGCUCGCGGGCAUGGGCCUCGGCAUGGGGCUCGCCAUGUCGCCCCCGCCACCCCACGCGCCGUCCGCCCACGCGCACGCCUCUUCCAGCCAAGCGCACGCGUCGCCCACCCACGCGCAGCAGCGCACGUUCAGCCCGCCCAGCACGCUCCGCGCGACGCCCCCCACCGGCGACCCGGGCCCGUCGGGGCUCACCCUCACGCGCCCCGCGGCGCCGCCCGCGCUCGCGCGCUCGCACUCGUCGCCGUUCCCCGUGGCGACCUCGCCGCCGCCCCCGCCGCGCGUCGUGCAGCCCGAGGCGUCGCACCCGUCCUCGCCUGUGCUGCGGUUCGUCGCGAAGCGGCUGAGCUUGUCGAAUUAUGCUGCGCCGGCGCCUGUGACUGUCAUUCACGACGCGGAGCCGCAGGAGCAGGAGCGGGGGAAGGAGAGGGAGCAGGGGGCGAAGAUCGCGUUUGCGGGUGUGGACGGGGAGAUGGUCACGCCGCCGUUGACGCCGCCUGGGAGCGUGCGGGUGCGGCGCAAGGCGCUCGUCCCGCCUGCGAGUGAGGUGCAGCGGGAGCCGCAGCAGGAGCCGAAGAAGGCGGCGUCGCCUCCGCGCGAGCUUUCGCCGCUGGAGUUGCCGGCUGCGGCUUUGACUGUGUCGCCCGAGGGCUCGGGUUCGGAGGAGGACAAGGCGGCGGGGGAGGGUGCGAGUGCGAAGAAGACUGCGAGUGAGAAUGAGAAGCCGGGGAUGGAGAUGGGGAUGCUGAGCCCGCCGAGCUCGCCUGUGCGCGGCCUGGGGCUGCAGAUCGAAGAGCACGAGCAGGAGCAGGGGGAGCGUGGGCACGAAGAGAUAUUUGGAGAGGUCGACGGUGUUGUGGGCGUGCGUGGAGCGGAGCACGAGGGUGGACGCUACGAACAUGAGGAUGCGGAAGAGCGUGACCGCGAGCACGAGCACGAGGCGCGCGAUGGCAGGCACCUGGACGAUGACUUUGGCGAGCACGAGCACGAAGAGCACGAAGAAGAGGAGCACAUACCGGACGCCGACCGCGACUACGCCCGCGCAACGGCCGCCCCCGCGCCCCCCUCGCCCUUCCAGUCCGACUCGUCUUACGCCGCGCUCAUCCGGCAGUGGUGCUUCGGCGGCGCGUCGCUCUCGCCCGCGCCGUCCCCGGCCGCGGCGACGCCCCCGCCGAACGGCAACGGCGUGCUGUACGGCGCGCGCGCCUUUGGGUACCCCUCCUCGGUGGGGUUUGGCUUCCCGGCGGCCCCGGACGCGGGCAUGGUUGGCGCGCACAUGCGGUGA